AUGUCGUUGGUGAAGCCGUGGAGGACACAGGAGUUGUCGAUGAGGCUGUGGACGAUCCCUGAUGUCGUUGGUGAAGCCGUGGAGGACACAGGAGUUGUCGAUGAGGCUGUGGACGAUCCUGAUGUCGUUGGUGAAGCCGUGGAGGACACAGGAGUUGUCGAUGAGGCUGUGGACGAUCCCUGAUGUCGUUGGCGAAGCCGUGGAGGACACAGGAGUUGUCGAUGAGGCUGUGGACGAUCCCUGAUGUCGUUGGUGAAGCCGUGGAGGACACAGGAGUUGUCGAUGAGGCUGUGGACGAUCCUGAUGUCGUUGGUGAAGCCGUGGAGGACACAGGAGUUGUCGAUGAGGCUGUGGACGAUCCCUGAUGUCGUUGGCGAAGCCGUGGAGGACACAGGAGUUGUCGAUGAGGCUGUGGACGAUCCUGAUGUCGUUGGUGAAGCCGUGGAGGACACAGGAGUUGUCGAUGAGGCUGUGGACGAUCCCUGAUGUCGUUGGCGAAGCCGUGGAGGACACAGGAGUUGUCGAUGAGGCUGUGGACGAUCCCGAUGUCGUUGGCGAAGCCGUGGAGGACACAGGAGUUGUCGAUGAGGCUGUGGACGAUUCCGAUGUCGUUGGCGAAGCCGUGGAGGACACAGGAGUUGUCGAUGAGGCUGUGGACGAUCCCGAUGUCGUUGGUGAAGCCGUGGAGGACACAGGAGUUGUCGAUGAAGCAGAGGCCGGCGGAGCCUUGGUUGUUGCUGAAGCAGUUGUGCUUUUUUGUGAGCAGCUAUCGCAUGGUUCUCCUGCUUUUCCUUUAUCUCCUUGA